AGUAAUCCGAUUGGACAGAUAGACGCUUUCACGGCAGUUCAGCACUGCUGCCUGUGUGUGGCAACCGGGGUAAACUGGACAACUGGGGGAAAUGCGAGAUUGCGGAGAGUACCAUGUUACGCUUUUAAAGAAUCGCCAACGUAUUCGAGUCGGGAGGCAGGUUUUUGGAAUUAUUUUCUUCUUCAUUUUGGGAUUAACCAGCCACGAAAGGAGCGCAUCCCUCUGAGGUUCGCGGCGGAGAAUAAAGUAGUUUAAUCGAGCCUCGACCGCACCACAUUUUCUCCCAACUGCUCCCCCGGUCAGAGAGAGAGAGAGCGCGCGCGCGAUAGAGAGAGAGAGAGAGGAUGCUUGUCGAGAUCCGCGUCCACCACGCUUACAUUAAAAGGGAUUAAGCGCAUGAAUUAUAGCCUACUUUGUUUUUUUCUUCUUUUGAUUCUGGAACAAAAGUCGGAGUGACUGUUAAGACGCACGCACAGAGUUAAUUUCCCAGUCCCCCCCCUCCCUCCCACGCCCCCCCCCCCCCCGGUGCCUGCUGAGACCGGUGUGGCUGUGAGCACAUUUCAACCGUUUUGCCAAAGGACGCGCACGCUGGAGAGAUAAACAAAGGAUACAUUUCAAGAUGUAUCCACAGGGCCGACAUCCGGCUCCACAUCAGCCCGGUCAGCCUGGCUUCAAAUUCACUGUAGCCGAGUCUUGUGACAGGAUUAAAGAUGAAUUUCAGUUCCUGCAAGCACAGUAUCACAGUCUUAAGGUGGAGUACGACAAACUGGCCAAUGAGAAGACGGAGAUGCAGCGCCACUAUGUCAUGUAUUAUGAGAUGUCCUACGGGCUGAACAUAGAGAUGCACAAACAGACGGAGAUUGCCAAGCGGCUCAACGCAAUUUUAGCUCAAAUUAUGCCUUUCCUGUCACAAGAGCACCAGCAGCAGGUUGCUCAGGCAGUGGAGCGGGCUAAGCAGGUGACUAUGACUGAGCUGAAUGCUAUCAUCGGGGUACGUGGACUUCCCAAUCUGCCUCUCACCCAGCAGCAGGCUGCCUACCCGGCUCUCAUGCAGCAACAGCUUCAGGCACAGCACCUCUCCCAUGCCGCUCACGGGCCUCCCGUCCAGCUGCCGCCGCACCCUUCAGGCCUCCAGCCGCCCGGCAUCCCGCCGGUGGCGGGCUCCGGGUCAGGUCUGCUGGCGCUGGGUGCCCUCGGCAGCCAGGCCCACCUCCCAGUGAAGGAUGAGAAGAACCACCAUGAUCUCGAACACAGAGAGAACACGAAUAACUCGGUAUCCCCGUCUGAAAGCUUACGCACGGCCAGUGAGAAGCACCGCAGCUCCUCCGACUACAGUCUGGACUCGAAGAAACGCAAAGUGGAGGAGAAGGACAGUCUGAGCAGAUAUGACAGUGACGGAGAGAAAAGCGAUGACCUGGUGGUGGACGUGUCUAAUGAGGACCCCGCCACUCCGAGAGCAAGCCCCACCCACUCACCUCCCGAAAAUGGCAUUGAUAAGCCCCGCCCUCAAAAAAAGGACACACCCAACAGCCCCGCGUCAGUGGCGUCCUCUGGGAGCACACCGUCAUCCAAGGCCAAGGAGCUCAGUCAUAACGACAAAUCCUCCACGCCUGUUCUCAAGUCCAACACCCCCACCCCCCGCAACGAUGCCCCCACCCCUGGCACCAGCUCCACCCCUGGGCUUAGACCCAUCCUGGGCAAACCACCAGGCAUGGAGGCUCUAGCAGCACCCGCUUUGCGUACCCCCCUGUCCAUCGCUGGCUCCUACCCUACCCCCUUUGCCAUGAUGGGCCAUCAUGAGAUGAAUGGAGGCCUAACCAGUCCUGGUGUGUACGCUGGCCUGCACAUCUCCCCUCAGAUGAGCGCUGCAGCAGCUGCAGCCUAUGGACGCUCGCCCAUGGGCUUUGAUCCACACACCCACAUGCGAGCUCCAGGCCUUCCAGCCAGCCUCACAUCAAUUUCGGGGGGGAAACCGGCUUAUUCCUUCCACGUCAGUGCAGACGGUCAGAUGCAGCCCGUGCCCUUCCCGCCGGAUGCCCUGAUCGGCCCGGGCAUCCCACGCCACGCCCGCCAGAUCAACACGCUGAGCCACGGCGAGGUGGUUUGCGCCGUUACCAUUAGCAACCCGACACGUCACGUCUACACUGGUGGCAAAGGCUGUGUCAAAAUCUGGGACAUCAGCCAACCUGGUAGCAAGAGUCCCGUGUCCCAACUCGACUGUCUGAACAGGGAUAACUACAUCCGCUCCUGUAAGCUGCUGCCUGAUGGCCGCACAUUGAUCGUUGGAGGCGAAGCCAGCACGUUGACCAUCUGGGAUCUGGCCUCCCAGACGCCGCGCAUCAAGGCGGAGCUGACCUCCUCGGCCCCGGCGUGCUACGCCUUGGCCAUCAGCCCUGACGCCAAAGUCUGCUUCUCCUGCUGCAGCGAUGGAAACAUCGCCGUUUGGGACCUGCACAACCAGACUCUCGUUAGGCAGUUUCAGGGUCACACGGAUGGUGCCAGCUGUAUUGACAUAUCGCAUGAUGGCACUAAGCUUUGGACGGGCGGUCUUGAUAACACUGUGCGCUCCUGGGAUCUGAGGGAGGGUCGGCAGCUGCAGCAGCAUGACUUCACCUCGCAGAUCUUCUCCUUGGGCUACUGUCCAACUGGAGAGUGGCUGGCUGUGGGCAUGGAGAGCAGCAAUGUGGAGGUGCUCCACCACUCGAAGCCUGACAAGUAUCAGCUACACCUGCACGAGAGCUGUGUGCUCUCCCUCAAGUUCGCCUACUGUGGUAAAUGGUUCGUAAGCACUGGGAAGGACAAUCUUUUGAAUGCUUGGAGGACUCCUUAUGGCGCCAGCAUAUUCCAGUCCAAGGAAUCCUCAUCUGUCCUGAGCUGUGACAUCUCUACAGACGACAAGUAUAUUGUGACAGGCUCUGGUGACAAGAAGGCCACUGUAUAUGAAGUCAUCUACUAGAACAGGCUGCGUUGGCUCGGAGCACGCUGGUGCUCAGGAACACUAGACCCCCUCCUCCAUCUACCUUCCCUCAAACAGACCGCAUGGAUGUUGCCUGCAGCCCCGGGGUGGAUGGGCAGGAAGUUUGGCAGUGCCAGACUGAAGCGGACGUUGGCGCGUUGUGGCCCGUGGACGCUGCGACCUUCUCAUUCAUACAACAAAGACUUGUACAGCCGGUGCAGUUCCCCAAGGCACUCCGAAGAAAAUAAUGUCUCGCUCUUUUAUUGUUUGUUGGAUAUUUCUUUUUUUUUUUUUUUUUAAUGUGGAGAUUAAGUUCAGUGACACAACUAGAAGCAGCGCUUCGCUCUGGACCUUCUCCUUGGAGGUCCUGUGAAAAGUGUACAUAAUGGAGUAAUAAAAGGCCUUUUAUAGAUUUAUAUUUUGGUGUCCAGUUACGCUUGUGAUGGUUCUUUCUUGUGCUCUCCGUGGUUUUCUGUCCCCUCUAGGGAUGGAAAUUAGAUUAGGACUUUGUAAGAGGAUAUUCUAUUUCAGUUUUUUUUCCUCCUCUGCUUUUUUUUCCAUGUUCUGUGUCCAGAAUGACCUUUUUGGAAAUCUAAUUUGGAUUUUUUUGACAUCGGCAUUUUUCUCGGCUAUUUGCUGAAAUACAGACGUUUGUCUCAUGGAUCCUAACAGUGGCAGAUUCUGCAAAGACCCUUUUUCUUUUUUUUUACAACUCGAAAAGAAGAAAAUCGUGGUUUCCAGUGACGAAAUUCAACUCGAUAAUGAAGACCUGUCACUGAACACUGUCUGCUUUCAGUGACAUUCAAUGGACAACAAGAAGCAGCUGUGACUCGAGUUCAGUCUGUUGACUUGAGUGUAUGUAUCUUAAUUUAUCCACUCAGCAAAGUUGAAUCAUCAGUCUAAGAGUUAAUUAUUGCCUCUCUCGUGUGACUCCCUGUGUGACAGGACCUACAUGCUUACUCAUGACGGUGGCAGUCAAAGCCAUUACCACAUGUGAUGCUCUGUUUGCUUUCUUCAGUAUUUCAUAAUGUUCAGCUUCUCAUAGACAGGAAUGGUCUCUGCGUAAGCACACCGACUGUAUAGCAUACGCGUGUCAUUGUCCCUAAGGAUUGUACAGUUGACAGUUGUUGAUAACUCAAUAAACUGUUUUUAUAUAUAAACACAA